AUGAGGUCCACUCUUACCCUUACCGCUCUUGGAGCUCUGUCGACCUCCAAUGCACUUCUCACAAUCAAGAACAACGAUUGUACGACAUUCGUUAGUAACCUCUCUCUGCCAGAAAACACCACGAUCUCGAAUACGACACAUCAUCCACCUCAGACGGUCAACGUCACCAGCGGCGCGCAGAAUAUCUAUAACAAAUAUGCCUUCUGCGAGGUAGAUGGCAUCGUCUCCUACGGUAGCAACUCAACUAUGCACUUCUCAGUCUACCUUCCAGAUGCCAUAUCUUAUAAUGGCCGCUUCAUGGCUGUUGGAAAUGGUGGUAUGGCCGGAGCACUAGACACAGUGGCUCUGAUGGAACAACUCAACUCUGGUUUUGUUUCUGCCGCUGGCGAUGCUGGCCAUCUUGCCAGUCUCAACAAUGCAGGUUCUGGGGCACCUGACACGUACCUCCAGUAUCUGCACAAUGCAGACGAAGUACAAGCCUGGAUUCAUGAUGCGAUUUCUCUCUUCGUACCAUCUACGAAAGACAUCAUCAAGGCCUACUACAACAAAGCCGCAGCGUAUAGCUACUACAGUGGUUGUUCGACUGGAGGGGCUCAGGGAUUUGCUUUGGCUCAGUAUCAUCCCGAACUCUUCGAUGGUAUCAUCGCCGGGUGUCCCGGUAAUUGGUACUCCCAUCUAGCACUUUCAUUCCUAUGGAAUGGACAACACGCAGUAGUGAACGCAUCAUCCUAUCUUUCACAAGCAGUCUUGAACUUCACUGGUCAAGCAGUCCUGGAAGCCUGCGAUGCCAAUGAUGGUGUUAAAGAUGGGGUUAUCGAGAANCCCCUGGAAUGCGAUUUCUCCAUAGACUCUUUGGCUUGCAACGCUACCGCAACAUCUCGUACCAACAGCAGCAUAUCCUGUCUUACUCCAGAUCAGAUCACAGCUGCAAAGGCCAUCUAUGCUGGGCCCAAGAACCCAGAAACUGGAGAACAACUCUAUCCUGGUUUUUCUCAUGGUUCCGAGAUUCAGUGGAUUCUGCAAGAAGGUGACCUCGCCGACGCUUUCUCCAUCCCUAUCUUGCAGAAUCUGGUUUACGACAACUUGACCUACAAUGCAUCUACUUUCGACUGGGCAACUGAUGUAACCGAUGUCGACGCAAAUGCUGGAGCCAAAAUCGAUGCCAUAAGCACCAACCUCACAGCUUUCCGCAACAGAGGUGGCAAGUUACUGGUCUACCAGGGCUGGUCGGAUCCUCUCAACGCGCAAUCGUGGCCGAUUCAACAUUAUGAAGAUGUGCAGUCUUUCUUUGGCAACGACAUCUCUGACUUCUACAACGUGUUUAUGGUUCCUGGUGGUGGACAUUGUGGGGCCGCGAGUUUUUAUCCUCAAGUGCCUGCAACGUACCAUACUGUCCCUGCGUUGAUGGAUUGGGUGGAGAGAGGGGAGAAGCCCGAGGAAGUUCUGACGACCGAUCCCUCUGAUGGAGAGACGAGGAGUAGGAAACUGUGCACUUGGCCCAGAACAGCGACAUAUGUGCAAGGAGAUGUCGAUGAUUGGACAUCUUCCCUUACUCUCGAAAAUAAUCACUGGAACGCUGUGCGACCCUCGAUUCCCACUCCCGCCACCUCCAUCAAAUCUAACGCCGCCAUCACCUUCCCACACUUCACCGACAUUGCCGUCACAAACACUCUUGCCAGCACCCCUCGCGCCCUCACCGAUACCGCGAUGAACACCCCCAGCACCGAAACCUUCCCUAGCUGGAUCACCCCAGCUCCUGAAAGCUACCAACACAUCCACGAGCGUCGGGAAGCCAACUACGACCCCGACGAUCCCAACUGCAAGGUCAUUGAUCUCUGGCAGAAUCCUUUGCACAACAUUGCUGAACCGAGAUAUACCACAAGUUGCCGUGCGGAGUUCAAUCCCAACUACAAGCCUUAUAGUUUCGAGGAUGAGCGUGGCAGUAAGGAGGGUAAGAAGGGCAAGAAGGGCAAGAAGGGCAAGCAUCACAAGACCAAAGAUGGAGACAAGGCUGUGGCUAUGGCUAUGGAGACUGGGGUUUAG